AUGGAGGAAGACGGUAUUUUGGAGGAGAUAACCCCAACUUCAUACAAGUACUUCCAUAACACACACUUCAAGCCCCUCUUCUUAGUGCCCAAACCGGGGAACGUCACUGAGGAACCCCUCACCAAGGAGAAUGUUGCCGACCGUUAUCGCAUGGUGGUUGAUUCUCGCAAUGCCAAUGUUGCAACGGCUCCUCUGGAAGGAGACUGGAAACAAUACCUCUCUUCUGUCGAUGAUGUCCUUCGGAGUAUCCCGUGGUCCAAAGACGGUCGCGUGACUAACCGCGAGAAGCCGUCUCGGUUCUUUGCCACUGUGGACGUCAAGGCGGCAUACUGGAGAAUGCACUAUGACGAAGAUUCUUUACCACUCUUCGGUGCAGCUAUUCAGCUUCCAGACCACCGUACAGGCGAGAUGAAGACUCGUUACUUUCUUCAUAAAGCUCUUAUCAUGGGAUGGGUCCACUCUGCUGCAUGGUGGAGUUAUGGUUUGGCCCUGGCACUACGAACCGGCCUGCCCGAGUACACCCUAAACGACGAGGCGAUAAUAACCUACCUCGACGAUGUUCUCAUCCAUCACCAUGAAGAAGCCGCUUGUCGAUGGCUUUACAAUGUGGUCAUCGAUAUCCUGGAAUAUGUUCGUUGUGAGGUGCCUGUCCGUAAACGACAACCACCAUCACCUACUGUAGACUUUUUGAAGCUCAAGCUAUGCCCUUUGGGAUGGUCCCUUAGUGAGAAGACACAGCAGGAGCUCUACCAAGUCGUGGAACAUCCUCCUACCACGGUCCCAUUUACUGAGGAACAGCUCGACUGUUUCCCCUCUAUCGCACAUUCUUGGUGCAACUAA